AUGUCUGUCAAAAAUGAAUACCAGCAUUUCAUCCCACAAUUUCUCAUCAGGAACUUUGCGUACCCUUUCAAGUGCCCUGAAGCCGAGCUGGCUGGGAAGAAAAAGUGCAAAUGCAGACAUGAGAAGGGAAAAUAUCCCAACGACCUAGUCGUGAACUGUGUCAACCUCCAGGCCGCACCCUUUUCAAUCGAUGUCCGGCCAGUCAAGAGAAUAUUUGGCUCCCCCGGCAUGUACUUGGACCCGAAUCAGCCAACAACUGGCCAGCAGCGCCGUAUUGAAAGCAUGUUCAGCAAAUUGGAAUCGCAUGCGAGCUCCAUCUUCCGGAGGAUUGUCAAGUCCUACGAGGCCGGUGAUGGAGCCAUAUCGCUGACUAGACUUGAGCGGGAUGAUGUCAGAAAGUUCUUCUUUAUAUUGAAGUACCGUGGUAGUACUUUCCAUCGCCGAUUCUACCAUGAUAGGGCCAGCGACUACAACGCUGACGACCGCGAAAGGUUGCACGAGUAUAUGAGGCAGCGCGGAUUCUCUACUCCGAGAGAUGUUUGGUACCAUAAUCUGGAAUGUAUCAUGAAUUUGAAGAUGGAUGUGGAGGGAGAGUGGAGGAAAGAGCUUCCGCGCCAGAUGUUCUCCGACGAUGCCCGCUGGUUCAUUAUCCAUGUCAGUUUCUUUUACAUGGCUCUUUGUACACCAGUUGAUCCACAGGAUGAGUUUGUUCUGACCGACAACUGCUACAAUAUGUUUGAAGGACCCAACACCUUCAUAAAAGAUGAGAACACGGGCGAAGAACACGGAUCCUACCAUGGCAGCUUUCAUGAAUUCGCCACCAUUUCCCCCCGUUUAGUGGUCGUGCUACGGUCUUUAGCACUGCCAGAUCACCGGGAAGACAUGGAUCCCGAGGUCAAGAAAUGGCGUCAAGAAACAUAUGACGCAGCCUAUGGGGAGCCCUUUGGCCCAUCGAAGUCUCUCCUGCAUGACCUCCCGAUUGAGAAGGCAACGAACUCUUACAGCCAAAUCGUUGGAGAUUAUAUUGUCCAAUUACCGGAAUAUGAUGGGAAGUUUCGCCCAAAUGACAAGUUCACAUUUCCAUAUUAUCCUAUUAGCCCUCGACACGUUCAGAUACUGAACAAUCUUUUCCUGGAAAACGCUGACAGAAGCGACACUCUGGCCUUCAAGAACCAAACCACCUUCCUCAAGAUACUCGAGGCUUACAUUAGUGGCCCAUGUGAAUCGUUCAAAAUCGCGGUUGGCCCCGACAAGAAGAUUCGACUAAAGUAUCUCCAAGGGCUAGAGGCUCUUGCUAAGAAUAUGGGAUCUCAGAAGACUCUUCAAUACAGGGAGAUGUCCAUACCGUGGGGCGUUGAUUCUAAACGAUUUAUGGAAAAGCAGUUGGCCUACCGUGAGCUGAUAGGCCCUACGGGAGAAAUAAAUCGCCAGAAAAAUCCAAGACUAGAGUUUUUUGACAUCUAUGAAAAACUCCACAAGAAGAAGGCAGACCUCAAUCCCCUGGGAGACAUAGGUUUGGCCAGGAGAAUGGCUCUAUUUCACAUCGAGGUUGAAGCAGAGUCGAUUAUUGUAGGACAAUUAGAAGCUCUGCUAGCAGCGCGAAAGUCACUUCAAUCCGUGCUCCAAACCUCGAAAUGUGCAAUAUAUUGGCUUUAUUUGAAGUUAUGGCGCAAGUAUGUAUGUGGAGAUGCCGAUGGAUCUUCAGAUCUCGUGGACCUUAUUGCAGAUGAUAAAGUAAGGGUUGGUCCAGAGGAUGCCUUUGCGAAGACCGCCCAUAUGUAUAGCCAGGAUGCCUUGAAGAAUUUGAUGUUUAUUUCCGUUUGCCAGGCUUUUACCUUGAGAGAGGGAAAGGGAGAGAGUAUUUGGGAAGCCCAUUCAAACAAUUCUAUCAACCCACCGGAUUUCCUCUUUUAUUAUUAUACUCUCUUUCUUACGGCAGGAAGUAUUAAACAUUGCGGGAUAAGAAAGAUUGAGAAACUAGCCGAGUGGGAAGAGAGAAAAGUUGCGCAGUCGUCGAGCUUUGGACACCUUGGCUUUUAUCCUUACCUGGAAGAGGAAGAAAAACUUGAGUUGGCGAUACGAGCUCAAGUUAGAUCCAAAUUUCAAGCUGCUAUGUUUGGAGAAGCAGAGCCUGAAGCACUCGGGGAAUUAGAGCACGUCCUCUUCACGCUUACAUUUCCAACACCACCUGCUGAGGGCUUUUCGUUGUCUUCGGGACAGCUUGUCUAUGUGAAGAGAAAGCCUGAGGCGGUGUAUUAUUGA